GGACUGAAUUUUGGGUGCGCCGGUUACUCAUGCCUGAAACAUGCGCGUUCUUGUGCGUAAAACUAUGCUACAAAUGGGCAUCUGUUGCGUCUGUGUUGCACAACAGAUAUUGUACUGUACUCCAUGUACUCAUUAUCGCUGUACAAUAACUAGUUAUUCAGCUUCUAAUGAGCACCAUUACAAUGUAUCUGGACUAUUUGCCUUUUUUUUUUUUUUCUAAAGGGAGGGUUUAAAUAGCUGUCUAGAUUACAUCUGGAGUCAUUUCACUUUUCAGUGAGCCUUUGAGAGAGAACCGUAACAGAUGAAGGAUUUGGUCAUUAAACAUGUCAAGCUUUGGCGGCAUGAUAACCAGAAGCUUCACCAGACGGAGGGCUUCGUCGGCGCCAAAGCCCUGGUGGUCCGGAGGGGGAAACCCUUCAGGGUCUCCCUGAAGCUCAAGGAAAGACCCUUCAACCCCAAGACGGACGCCCUGGUCUUCAAAUUCAGCAUCGGUCACCUGUUUGUGAAGCGGUCCGUCACCUUCUCCAAGGUGUCUCCCUGUUCUCGCUGGGGGGCCUGCAUGGACCCCGAGGGUCCGGACCUGCAGUGCCCCUCCAUCCUAAUCUCCACCCCCGCCUCCGCCCCCGUUGGCACCUACAGUAUACAGUUGUUUGUCUUCACGCCCAGCAGCCGCAAGAGCUACCAUCUGGGCAACUUUACCCUGCUCUGCAACCCCUGGUGCAGCAAGGAUGCAGUGUUUCUCUCGUUCGAGGACCAGAGAGAAGAGUACAUUCAGAACGACUCAGGCUUGUUGUACAUGGGCACGCCUAUGAGCGUUGCUGCCAGGCCCUGGUCCUUCGAUCAGUUUGAGCCAGACAUCUUGGAGGCGUGUCUCAGCCUGCUCCAGGUUAGCCCCCAGCACCUGACGAACCCAGUGAAGGAUUACAAAUCCAGGGCCGACCCUAUCUACAUCAGCAGGGUCGUGUCUGCCAUGAUCAACUCUGAGGACGACCGGGGGGUGCUGAAGGGGAAGUGGUCGGGGGACUUCACGCAGGGCGUUGACCCGUCCACGUGGACCGGCAGCGGGGACAUCCUGACCCAGUGGGCCGAGAGCGGCUUCAGCCCGGUCAUGUACGGCCAGUGCUGGGUGUUUGCUGCCGUCAUGUGCACAGUCAUGCGAGUGCUCGGCAUUCCAUGCCGCGUCGUCACAAACUACAACUCGGCCCACGACACCAACGGCAACCUGGUGAUCGAGGAGUUCUACAACGAGUUGGGGAAGAAACUACCUCACAGCAAGGACAGCAUCUGGAACUUCCAUGUCUGGGUGGAGUGCUGGAUGACCAGGAAGGACCUGGGCUCAGACCUGAACGGCUGGCAGGUGCUCGACCCAACCCCACAGGAGAGGAGUGCAGGGGUGUUCUGCUGCGGUCCGGCUCCGGUCAGGGCUCUCAGGGACCGACGCAUCGAGCUGCCUUACGACAUCCCGUUUGUGUACGCCGAGGUGAUGGCCAGCGUGCACACGGUGGUGCUGCGGGAGGGCCAGGUCGUCUGCUCCAGCCGGGACACCAAGCGAGUGGGCAGCCUCAUCUGCACCAAGGCCGUGGGCCAACCCCGGCCCGAAAACAUCACCGGAGACUACAAGCACGUCAAGAGCCCUAAUUCAACGCUGCGAUCAAGGAGGCGACAUAAUUCAGAUGACACAGUGUCCAGCAAUUCUACGUCCCAGGGUGUGUCUGUCACUUUAACCCUGGAGAAAGCUCCAGUUGCCGGGGUGCCCAUCACCUUCAGGGUGACGAUAACCAACAAGGAGACGGUUGCCAAGGAGAUCAUUGAGCAUCUCAAUGCCCAGGCCAAACAAUACAACCACAGUCCCUCAGAUACUUUCUGGGAGGCUGAGAGCGUUGUGAAGCUGGCUCCAUUGGAGGUCAGAGUGGUCAGGCACCAGAUCUCUCCGGUCCAUUAUGAGGAUGUGGUGGGGGAUGACCUGAUCAAUCUGGCAGUGGUCCUGGAAGAUCCGUCCAAUCAGCAGCGAGUCCUUGCUUGCGAGGAGUUCAACAUCGAAAGCCCACAGCUGGACAUAGAGAUUAUGAAGAAGGGUGCUGUGAAUCGUGGCACCCAACACACGGCGGUGGUGAGCUUCACCAACCCCUUCUCUGUGCCCGUCAGCGGGGUGCUGACUAUCCGGGCCGCUGGACUCAAACUGGGCGAGCGGGAGUUCAGGAUACUCAACCUUCCACCAGGGGGCAGAGUACAACAGCCACUGAGCUUCGUGCCUAAGAAGGCAGGAACGAGGAUGAUCCAGGCCAGACUCGACCUCACCAACAGAGCCGUCGUCAGAGGCUACCAGAUGGUCACUGUCAACCGAAAUUGAAAAGUUCCCUUUAGCUGUCUUAGUGCCUUUUUGUGGCAGUGGUUUUUUUUGUGUAAACAUAUCUAAAGUGCCAGUAUUAGGAGUGGCUUGCGUCUGCAAGCACUCUUGUCUAAAAACAUACUGAACAACUUUAUAUCUGCCACAAAAUCUUGAACAUUUAAAUUAUUUUUAUAUUUUGUAUCUGUGAGAAAUUGUUAUUUUUGUAUAUUUCUAUUAUAUAUGUAUUAAAAAUAUUUCUACAUGAUAACGUAAAAUAUGAUGCAGUUUUUUUUAAUGUAAAUUAAGUUAAUGUCCUUUCCACCAGAGGGAGCCCUUGCCCAUGUUAAUAUUUCUCAAAUACAGACAAUGUACAUUUCAAGCGUUCUGCUAGUUAUCCUCUGCGUCAUUAACAUUAUUAAUCCAUCCUAAAAUGAGUGCAUCUCACAAUAAACCGCUUUCACUAUCAAUGUAAUGAUAAGAAAAUGUGUAAAAGAAACCAGCACACACUUUUCCCAGAAUGCAUUUAAUUUAUAUUUAUUAAUCUAUUAUAACUGUUCAAGAAAAACACAUGUAACAAUAAAGCAUUAUAUACAAACAGUAGCCAACUGACAGUAGGAGUGUAAAAUGGCCCAUAGACAACCAUACCAGAGAUUAUGGGCUAAGUUAAAACAUGAUCAAAAUAUACAACCCCUUAUCACAAGUAAUCAUUCAAACCAAAAGCCUAUCAUACAGCAUCUUCAAUAUAUUGUUUUUAGAAAUUGGGCCUUUUUUCCUCUCCGUUGAUAUUUUGUUUCCAAAAUCACUCCUUAGUCACUACGGGAUUUCACUAAUUAAUAAAUAACUUACAUUUUAAAUGUAACAUAUGAUCUAUUUUUAAAGGCUCUAACUAUAUAGGUAAAUGUAAUGUAUCUAGCCUAUUCAAAGUUAAAGUGAUUCUAAAAUAUAGUGAAGGUGGGAUAUCAGUUAAAAAUAAUGUUAUGGUGUUAAACCUUUUCUUCUACUCUAUGAAGUUGGCUUGUUUACUGGAAAUCAUUAGAUUCUCUCCCCAUUCCCAAGAGACGACUUGAGAUUCCUACUGGAAGGAACGUUAGAUUCCGUGUCAUGUUGACCAUUUUCCUUUCAGUGCAACACCCUUUAGUUUACACCGAAAGUGGGGCGCCACUCCUUAAUCCUUUGUCAAAACAAUGAUAAAAUAAACAUAAAUGACCGAGCAAAAACGUUUUUCCAGUAAUAAACAGCGUUCCCUGUGGUUAGAUGUGUAACUUUGGUCCCUUAUUUCAAAACAAAACCUCGAAAAAUGUCUUUAAAAACAGAGCUCCCCACAUGUCCUCUUGGCUUGAGUCAAAAGAGGUGAGGCUGCUUCCUGUUUCGGUUGUCCGCUCCAAGUCAUUAUGAAGACCA